CAGAUGAAACGCGAUACGUGAUCGAGAUUCGAGAACACACCUUUCCAACCUAAGCAAGUCAUGAAUCGUUGGUACAAUCAAUCAACUACGUAUCGACGUUGACUGAGGAUAUAUUCAUAUCUUCAUUAAACGAUAUCGAUAGCAGAACCAUAAUCGUCGCUCCCACGUUAGCUGCGAGUGUGAUUCCGAAGUUCGGAAAACCCUGUUUAUUUACGUCUCAUCGUUAGCCGUUGAACCAUUGCACUCCUCGCGCAGAAAGUGAGAAUCAUUCGAUCACCGCGAGUUUUGAUCGCGCCAAUCACGUACAGUGUUCUGUACACUUCGUGACAAGUUAUCUAGAAUGCAACAUUCGCUUUAUUGUUACCGGAGUUCCUUCGACUUCCAAACAUAAUUCGAAUGGUCAGCCUACUGACACUAACAAUUUGUAUUCUCAAAGUGCGCCGUCUGCUCAGUCUAGCCUAAUAAAUAUUUAUACUGCAGCACCAAACACAGCCGCAGAAGAUAUCGGCAAUAUCAGUGUGACAUUGUGUAGAGGCGGCGUAGCGACGUGGGUGUUUUCUGCGAGGUAUAUUAUAUCGUGCAAAUCGGUGAUGCUGCCGUCGCAUAUAGGAUGCUUCAACACCCGAUUGGGGAAGGCAAAAGCCUUCGAGAGGUUCGAGCUGUUCGACAGAGAUGCCGUCACGCUAUCUCCCUCGUCUUCUGGACAGGAAAUUCGUUUGAGUCCUGGCACUGCCGUAAUCGUCACUGGAUACGUACCCUUCAAUGCGAUUAGAUUUUCGGUGAAUCUAUCGUGCAAUUCAUCUGCGGAUAAUGUGGCUCUACAUUUCAAUCCACGAUUGCAGAGGGGCUACGUAGUCAGGAACUCAAAGCUGCGAAAUCAGUGGCAAGAAGAAGAAAGAUGUUCGUCUUCCGGUCGGAGCGGAUUUCUGUUUCACCGAGAUACUUACUUUCACCUAAUGAUAUUUUGCACCCCGAACGAAUACCAGAUAGCCGUUGACGGUGAGCAUUUUUGCUCGUUCGCAUAUCGAAUCCCCUUAGCUGCUGUGACGGAACUUCAGGUUCAGGGAGACGUCGAAGAUGUCAGAACCAGGGUAACGACCUUCAAAGAAUACCCAGACUAUAAAAAUUACCCGCCGAAAUACAACCUCGAAGUUUUUACUGACAAACCGUUGAAUAACAAAUUGGAUAUUCCGGUCACCGUUUCCAUUCCGGAAGGCAUCAGAGUCGGGAGUCGCAUAUCCGUCAAGGGGCGACUAAAGCUGCUUCCCCACUCAUUUUACCUCAAUUUGCAAAAAGGGCGAACGAUAUAUCCUCAUCCGGAAAUCGGGCUUCACUUGAACCCGCGGUUUCUCUUCGGUAGCGCGGAGCCAUGCGUUGUUAUGAAUUGUUGGCAGAACGGAAGCUGGGAACACGAAGAACGACACGAAGGCGUUCUGUCUUGGGGACCAGGUCGAGAAUUCGUGUUAACCUUGGCCUGCGAGUACGAAGCUUAUACUAUAUGGUUGGGGAGCAAGAUGAUCGGCGAAUUCAUACAUAGAGUUUCCCUCGAGAGUAUCGACACCAUCAAGAUCUGCGGUGACGUGGUCAUAUACGAACUCUGCGUCACGCACGCACCCUAGAGUCUAUCGCAUGGUAGAUUAGAUACAACGAUUCCUUUUGCCAAAGAAGCUUUACCUAUUAAUUAAGAGAGCAAGUCCAUUAAUCAAACUUUUUAACCAUCCGGCAUUUUGACUCUGGGUAUUUACAUAUAUAUAAGUUCGUUUUCACGUACCUUCGACGGGCUCAUUUAAAUAGAUUUUGCUCCGUUCAAAACACUCGAAUUCAUUCCAUCAUAUCUAACUCAGAAUGGUUAGAUUAUAAGAAGAAACUCAAACCGAAAAUAUUCAUGAAAGUGACAAUUGAGGUAAUCUAUUUAGUCAUGUGAAAAGAAAAAAAAAAAAAAAAAAAACGAGCUGACAAUACACAAGAUAGAAGUAUAAUUCUUCACCGACCGUUCAAAGAGUAGAUAAUUAUUUUAUUUUCUUUUUCUUGUUUUUUUUUUUUUAAUUCAUGUCAAGUUGAUACAAGUUUCUAAUCUCCAUAAUUGGAUGGAGUAUUUUUUUAUGUAUUAUAUUUUUUCAUUUCUAUAUUCUGCGAAUAGCUGUCGGUGAAUUGUUUAUUUCAAUAUUGCAGAUUUGAUCGCUCAUUCUUACAUACCAAAA